GAAAUUACAUUUGUUUUUAUGUAGUAUUUACUUCACCACAAAAUCAUUUUUCUCAGUGUAGGUCUGCAUAAAAACUACAGAAACAAAUGUUGAUGCGUGACCAGUCCACUUCAAUGCAAAACAUGUCCUCAAAGGCCCACUGAGCCAAAAGCAUAGUGAUUGAACCUGCUCUCCAUCAGCCCGAAGAACAAUAAUAAUAAAGAAAAAUAAAGAAAAUAAAUCAUUAUUAUUUACCAAUCAGCGGACGAAAGUACAGGGCAGGGGCAAGAUUCCAAAAAGAAAUUGGCAUUGUCCUGCGUAUAUUUCACCAGAUAUGCCUGCCGAGCACCCUUCAGGAUCGUCGAUCUGUCAUGCCAUCUUAGUACACGGAAGAUGAGAGUACGCGGCCAAUCAGAGUUUUUCCUUCCAUCAUACACACGAUGGGCCUGGUCAAUCUCGAUGUCACUGCCUUUCAGGGAAGGGAUCCACUUGGAAAGAUUAGCUCUGAUGAAGCCAGCUGCAUCGUAGCCUUCAGCCCCCUCCGGCAACCGUUUUUUUCGCACUUAUUUCCUGAGCAAAACCAUUGCACUGUCUUCAUCAAAGAUGGUAACCAGUGGUCCUCUUGACCUACAUUAUAUUACAUCCAGCACGGAUGAUGAGCCAUAUGAAUAUUCGGGCAACUACGAUGAUUUGGAUUUUCAAUUGGUCUGUGUUUAUGGAAAUCAUGGAGCUAGAAUUCUUCCCAUUUUAUACUCGCUUUAUUUUGUGGUGGGCUUUCUGGGUAACAUGCUGGUGGUCUGGGUGGUCUGUAUGGGUACCAAGCUGAGAAGUAUGACUGACAUCUGUCUCCUGAACCUGGCUUUAGCUGACCUGCUGCUAGUUUCAUCUUUCCCCUUCCUGGCACACCAUGCCAGAGACCAGUGGAUCUUUGGAGAUGUAAUGUGCACUGUGGUCUUCAGUGCCUACUACAUUGGAUUUUACAGUGUUAUAUUCUUCAUUGUACUGAUGAGUAUUGAUCAAUACAUGGCAAUAGUUCAUGAUGUGCUUGCAAGAACAUAUGGAAUCUUAGCCAGUGUAGUCAUAUGGAUUAUUGCUGUUUAUGUAGCAUUUCCUGAGAUGACGCACUUCAAAACCAAAAAUGCAAAAAACAAAAUCUUCUGUUAUGCGUUUUAUCCAACAAGUGAUCAAAAUUCUUAUUUUUCUUCGAGGAUUUUUGCUAUCUUUAAAAUGAACGUCAUAGGUUUAAUUAUCCCUCUUAUCGUAAUAGGAAUUUUUUACUCAAUGAUUUUGAAGAGACUCCUGGCAGCCCGUUCUUCCAGAAAGCAGGACAUAUGCCAUGUCAUCACUGUGAUGGUGGUGUUCUUCUGCUGUUAUGCUCCAUAUAACGUUGCUACUUUUGUGAAAGUCUUAGAGCAGAAAGAACUCAUAUCUAAUUCCUGUGACUUUAGUAAGGCAAUCCAUCUAAGUCUGCAGAUCACAGAAGCAUUGGCUUUUUCACACAGCUGCAUCAAUCCCAUUCUCUUUGUGUUUGUGCGAGAGAAAUAUAGGAGGCAUCUUGUCUGUCUCCUCUAUAAGACACCCUGUGGUAGACUGCAGUGUAUGAAUAAUAACCCUACACAGGCCACAGGAUCAGUUUACUCACAUAACACCAAUGAUGAGAGAACUAGUACAGUAGUGUAAAUGGAGGACUUGAGAAUUAAUUUUAAACUAAUGUACUAAUUUUUUUGUUUGUUUGUUUGUUUGUUUUUUCAAAUCUACAAUCAUUGCUGUAGAAGAGAUUUUAUUAGUUGGGUAACUCUGCAUCAUGUGUCUAUUGAGUUUGUUAGAAUUCUAAACUGUCACUUUUAUAUACAUGUGAUAUUCAUCACUUAGAACCAAUAUAUGCAGAACUCAUUUGAUUUUUUGGUGGGGUAAAAAAUGUAUUUAUAUUCGCUCUGUAAAUAUGUAUGUUUGUAAAGGUACAGAUUUGUAGGUGUGGAUAUGUGUAGUGUUUUUGUGUGUUGUUCUGUCUUAAUCUCAGCCCACUAAUCAUUUUAAAGUUUGUUGAACUUCAAAGCUGUUAUAUGUGUAGCUUUAAACUAGUUGUAAUAUUUCAAUUCAUAUUCAUAGUUUUACUUUAUGUAACACAAAUGUUUAAUCCAUUAAAUCUUCAUGUAGUUAUUUGAGUUUAUUGUUUCAAUAUAAUUAUUUUACUUGGUUUAAGCGACUUAUGUGUUAUGUUUCAGACUUGAAUGCGUGUUAGGUUAUGGUUAGUUGACAUGUAUUUGCAAAGUUAUAAUCGGUAGAAUGUCCAUCAAAAUAAAGUGUUAAGCAGACAGUCUACUAAUACAUUAAUGACUGGCAUUAUGCGAGGUCCCAGUGUGAGUUAGUGACUGUAUCUAUCUACAAUGCUAUUAUUUAGCCAUGUAAAGAAUGAAGUUUGUCUAGAUAGUGCCUAUAAGAGUGGUUAAAUUUGCAGCUCUGCAAUGAUGAAGUUAUUGCGUGUGUGUGUUUAGAGGCUUGUUGGUUUUCAGACGCUUUAAUAUGUUUGCUGUUUCUUUAUUUUUACUGCCAUCCAAAAUGUUAUGUCUUCUUUAAAACAGGAAGGACAGUUGUUUUUAAGUCUGAUUUUCUUUACAAUAGAGUGAUAUUGUACUUAUGAAUAAAAAGUCUU